AUGGCAACGAUAGCGACAGCGACAGCAGACAACAGCGACGGUACAACCGGAGGACCACCUCAGACGGCUGGUCCAUCCGCGAUGGCCACCGGUGUACCGAUCAUUUCCCUGCCCGGCGUUUUCCGGCGACGUAUGGAAAACCUCAAGCACAACAGCGAGUGCGAAAACGAUGAGCAGCGCCACAACCAAACGUUACCCUCAUUCGCGGACGCUAAAAUGGCCGCGUCCGAUUCGGGCGUGUUCCUUUCGAUGCAGGACAUCGACCGCGAGCCGUCGGGUGGUAGUGCGACGGGCAGUGUCACCGGCAUGACCCGGCUUCUGUCCAACGGGUGCGGAAGCUCGGGUGUUCGCACUAAAGAACCAACACCCCGGCUUGGGCGGGACCCAACAGGAGGGCUAUCUGUCGGUGCUGCCACCGGAGGAGGACGUCUAGAGCACAAGGUCACGGUGCAGGAGGAAAAUCCUCCGACCACACACGGCACCGAUAACGGUGUAGAUAAGCCCGCCGGCGAAGAUGAUGCCGACGAAGAGGAUGACGGUGGCAUUAGGCUGCGGUUGGGCAAGAAGAAACCAGAACUGUGGCUGCUGAGUGACCGUACCUGUCAGAGCCUGCCGGAUGUGAACAGUCCGCGAUCGAAAGCGCUCCCGAAGGUAGUGACCGCCUGUGAUAGCACGGAUACGGAUGGGUUUGGUGAGGCUGACGACGACGAGGACGAAAACGUCGUUGAUCGGUCGUCCGAUCCGGUGAGACCGAGUGAUACGGGUGGUACGGUGGUGAUGGCUCCGAUUGUGGAGCAUCUCGCGGCACCUACUGGUGGUGAGGAUGUGUCUGGUGAAGGUGUUGAUUCGUCAGCUGUUGCGCCUGUUGUGAGCAAUCCGGUAGUGAAGCCGAUCAACCUCACAACCGUUGAUCCGAACGUGCUGCAGGUGUUUGCCAUCGAUCCUAAGCUGAUCAACAAGUACGAUGGGUUGGAGCAAACGUUGUACUACAUCGACGAAAAUGGUAGUCCGAAGAUUCGUGAAAAGUACGCGAUCCAACGGCAGCUGGCCGAGGAAAAGCGACAGCGAAAGCAACAGAAAAAGCUCGAACGAGCGGCCAAGUAUGGUGGAUCGCUUGAUGGUGAACCGGUGGUGCAGUGUUCGUGCUUCAGCUUUAGCAGGCUGUCCAGGAAGCUCAAGGAGAUGUGUAAGGACGGCUCCAAAGUGACGACGGUUGUAGCAACACCCGGACAAGGCCCAGACAGACCGCAGGAAGUAUCAUACACAGAUACUAAGAUAAUUGGCAAUGGAAGUUUUGGUGUCGUCUUCCAGGCGAAACUCUGUGAUACGGGCGAGCUAGUCGCCAUCAAGAAGGUGUUACAGGACAAACGAUUUAAGAACCGUGAACUACAGAUCAUGCGACGACUAGAACAUUGUAACAUCGUUAAGCUAAAGUACUUCUUCUACUCCAGUGGCGAAAAGCGUGAUGAUUUUCCUUUGGACAUGGGACUGUUCGCCGGUGCCUUGCAGACGCAGAAAGACGAAGUUUAUCUGAACUUAGUGCUCGAAUAUAUCCCAGAAACGGUUUAUAAAGUCGCCCGUCACUAUGCUAAAAACAAGUUAACGAUACCUAUCAACUACAUCCGAAUUUACAUGUAUCAAUUAUUCAGAAGUCUUGCUUACAUCCACUCGCUUGGCAUCUGCCACCGUGACAUCAAACCACAAAACCUGCUGCUCAACCCGGAGACGGCCGUGCUGAAGCUGUGCGACUUUGGCAGCGCCAAGCAGCUGCUGGACGGGGAGCCAAACGUGUCGUACAUCUGCUCCAGAUAUUACCGGGCACCGGAGCUGAUAUUCGGCGCCAUCAAUUACACCACAAAGAUCGACGUGUGGAGUGCGGGAUGCGUACUAGCGGAACUGUUGCUUGGUCAGCCCAUUUUCCCGGGCGACUCCGGAGUCGAUCAGCUGGUGGAAAUCAUCAAGGUCCUCGGCACGCCAACCCGGGAACAGAUCAAAGAGAUGAAUCCCAACUAUACGGAGUUCAAAUUCCCGCAGAUCAAAAGUCAUCCAUGGCAAAAGGUGUUCCGGACACGCACCCCACCGGAUGCGAUCGCACUGGUGUCCCGGCUGCUGGAGUACACACCUGGCACGAGAAUCACGCCGAUGCAGGCCUGCGCCCAUCCUUUCUUCAACGAGCUGCGAGAAGGCAGCAAGUUCCUACCGAACGGGCGCGAGUUUCCACCGUUGUUCAACUUCACCGAGCAAGAGCUUGCCAUUCAGCCGAGCCUGAACUUGAUCCUGCGGCCGAGAAACCAGAACGAAGGGGCUGCCAAAGCUGGCCAAUCGACGAGCGGUUCGAUGGAGGGCGGCAGCGGUGGCAACGGCGGUGCUGGCAGCUCGUCCGGAAGUGGCGGAGUCGGCGGCAGCGGCAGUGGUACCGGUGCCGGCAGCAGCAGCAACACCGAUCCGAGUAACUUGGCGCAGCAGUCGUGCAGCGGUGCGGCCGGUGGAGCCGGUGGCGGUGGUGUCGGUUCGGAUGACAUGACGACGGCAACCGGGGGCGAUGCCGGUGCGUGCCAGCCCUCGGCCGCCACCUCUUCGAUGGGUUAGCUUUAAUCGUGCAUCCACGACAAACGGCAGCAGCAGGAACAACGGGCGGCAACAAUUCGGUGGACAUGAUGAUGUGGCUAGGUACCGGUGCAGGAGAACAGGACAAUGCAUGCCCCUGCGCACGCGCGCGCGCGCGUGUGUGUGUGUAUAGCUCCUGUACGCACUUUUCUGGCAUACGGGCGCGAGGGGCUUACAAAAUCGUUGUAAAGCGAUGGUAAAAUUUAUCCAAUACAUAAGUUGCAUCAGCAAACUAGAGAAAGAAAAAAAAAACAAAAAAAAGCAACCACUCUCACGAUCAUCGUGCUAACUAGAAGGAGGGCACGAUAGAUGAUCAAGUACAGGGUUGCAC